CCACCCGGCUCCACUCGGCCUUCAUCCGCUUUAGCUGCCCACGAAGAAGAAGAAGAAGAAGCGCGGCUUCUUCCGCUUUCGCCCGGUGACGUAACUUCCUUUCUGCCCGUGCUAACCUCGAAGUGAACACGCGUUCGCCCGUCUAGUUCAAGAUGCGUUACGUUGCUGCAUACCUGCUCGCUGCCCUGGGAGGCAAUGAAAGCCCAGAGGCCAAGGACAUCAAGAAGAUCCUGGAGAGCGUCGGAAUCGAGGCCGAUGACACACGCCUGGACAAGGUCGUCUCUGAGCUCAAGGGCAAGAAUGUGAAUGAGGUGAUCACCACAGGUUACGGUAAGCUGGCCAGCAUGCCGGCAGGUGGUGCCGUGGCCGUUGCCAGCUCUGCGGCUGCUGGCUCAGGCGGAGCAGCUCCUGCUGCAGCUGAGGAGAAGAAGGAAGAGAAGAAAGAGGAGUCUGAGGAGUCCGAUGACGACAUGGGAUUCGGCCUGUUCGACUAAACUUUUUCUAACGAUGAAUAAAGUUUAUAAAAAAAACAAAA